AUGUUGUCCCGAGUAAUUGCUCCCUCUGUCCGUUCAAUUUCCACUAGUUCUUCUUUGAUGAGGAUUGUUCCUGGCAGCUUGGAAGACCAAGAAUGCGCAUACCCUAUAGCUGGGAAAAAAACUCACUUUACUGACCUCAAAAAUGCAUUUAAUGGGAUUAAGUCAGGUGACCAAAUUUUUGUACAUGGUAUUGCGGCGACUCCAACUCCUUUGUUGAAAGGCUUAUGCGAGUACGCUAAAGCAAACAACUUAAAAAAACUAACCCUUCAUCAUCUUCAUCUGGAGGGACCGGCGCCGUGGAUUCAGCCAGAAUAUAAAAACCUUAUUCGGUCUAACUCUUUAUUCACUGGCGCAAACCUUCGGAAAGCUGUGAAUGAUGGUACGGCUGAUUUCAACUCAACUUUCUUGCAUGAAGUACCACUGCUGUUCCGGACUGGUGCGAUUAAACUAAAUGUGGCGCUUAUUCAUGUAUCACCACCUGACAAAUAUGGAUACUGUUCUUUGGGAACUAGUGUUGAUACGGCUAGAGCAGCAGUUACUCAGGCUGAUCAUAUAAUUGCCAUGUCAAAUGACCAAAUGCCUCGAACUUUCGGCGACUCUGUAAUUCAUCAGUCACACAUAGAUGUAAUGGUUGAAUGCAAUGGUCAUAAAUUGCAUGAACGUCCUCCGUCAGGUCCGGCUGCACCAGAAGAAAAAAAGAUUGGUGAACUGAUUGCUAACAACUUGGUUGAAGACGGGGCUACUCUGCAAAUGGGUAUCGGUGCGAUUCCAGAUGCUGCUUUGGCUGCUAUGCACCAUCACAAAGAUCUCGGUGUUCACACUGAAAUGUUUUCUGAUGGUGUUCUUGAUCUGGUUGAAUGCAAUGCCAUUACUAACGCUAAAAAACCCCUUCAUCCUGGAAAGAUGGUGGUUUCAUUUGUUUAUGGGUCUAAAAAACUUUAUGAUUUUCUGAAUGAUAAUCCAAGUGUUUUCUUCGGCGAUGUUGCUUGGGUCAAUGAUCCAUCAAUUGUUCGAACAAUGCCAAAGAUGGCUGCUAUCAACUCGGCAGUUGAGGUUGAUCUCACUGGACAAGUUGUCUCUGACUCUGUUGGCUCUCGAUUUCUUUCUGGCUUUGGAGGUCAGGUAGAUUUUAUUCGUGGUGCGGCUAUUGGUGAUGAUGGGAAAGGGAAACCUAUUAUUGCUUUGCCUUCAGUAACAAAGAAAGGAGUCUCAAAGAUUGUGCCAUAUAUAAACGAGGGCGCAGGAGUUGUGACAUCUCGUGCCCAUGUACAUUAUGUAGUCACUGAAUAUGGUAUUGCACAGUUGUGGGGUAAAAACAUGCGCCAGCGGGCCUACGAACUAAUUAAAAUUGCUCACCCAGACAAAAGGGCUGAGUUGGAGAAAGCCGCUUUUGAAAGGUUGAAAGUGAUGCCAUCGGCUGAUUAA